GCGAGCCAUAUCCGAAUUACUGGACACCCUCAUUUCAACUUGUUUUUUUCGGGUCAAUGUUUAUUGCACGAAUUUGGAGUAAAAUUUAAAAACAACAAUUACCUCGUGCGUUUCGUCUUUUUGUCAACGCAGUUGAUUAUGUUUUCAACUUUCCUCGGUCUCCACUCUCCACUGUGGGAUUGGCUGCCCGUGCCUUGUGGUGCAGUCAGUAGUUUCGCCCCCAGACCCCAGUCCCCCCACCUGUGAUUUUGACUGUGUAGUGUGUAUUAAUUUUUAUUUGCGUGGACAAACUGUACCGUCACAGCGCCCAUCAGCCCCGUACAAACGUCUGUCAAAAAUAUUUCGAUAUUUUUAUUCUACUGCACAUAAGCCGGCUUCUCGGCAUAAAUUGAUUCAUAUUUUACUAUAUACUUCAUUUCAUCAUGUCUGCAAUUCAAUCUGGUAUGUGCAAGUGGUUCAACUCCACUAAGGGGUAUGGAUUCAUCACCCCCGAUGAUGGUUCCCCCGAUGUAUUCGUCCACCAGUCGUCCAUCAAGUCAGCGGGCUUCCGUUCUCUAGGAGAGGGCGAGCGUGUUGAGUUCACCACAGAGACCGAUGACCGAUCCGGAAAGGUCAAGGCUGCCAGUGUAACCGGCCCCAACGGCGGUGACUGUGUAGGUGCCCCCAGACAGGAGCAAAGAGGUGACGGUGGUUACGGGCAACAAGGUGGCCAAGGUGGCUAUGGACAACAAGGUGGCUAUGGACAACAAGGUGGCUAUGGACAACAGCAGGGUGGUUACGACCAGCGUGGUGGAGACCAGGGUUACGGACAGGAGCGUCGUUGGUAAUUUAUCCGACAUCGGGAGUGUGUCGAGGAUUUUGAAUUCAUUUUGGACGGAAAGUACUGAUCACGGAUUGUGAGUACGAAACGGAACGCGAUGGACGACGAGGUAUCAUACAGGAACGAACGGAUUGAAUAUUUAUUACCACCCUGCCCUAGAUCUACUUACAACUGGGGAAUAAUUGAACUGAACUGAUUCUGCAACUAUAACUAUGAAAGUCUGGAAAAUAUAAUUGUACAAGAAAUAUUAGCUCUAUCUGAUGUGUAAAUAUAAAACGGAAAGACACGCAAACUAUAUCACUUCAAAUCAAAGCCCACAGUGCUGACCACUGUGCGAGUGUGCAAUUUUAAAAUGAGUGAAAUCUCAAUAUAAAUCAUUGUAGGUAUAUGCUGC